AUGGAGGGAAGUUUCACGAAACUGCUUAUCUUAGGUUUGUACCUCUCUCCUAAAGUCUACAUUGUGCUCUUUAAAGCUUUUUUUUUCAUGUUUUUUCCCACUUUUUAUUCAUGAUUUGACAUUUACUUUACAGGCACAUUUCUUAUUAUUGUGGACGUCAUCCCAAAGACAGGUAAGAAAAUGUGUUUUCUCUAUAAAACAAAGUAGUAACAGCGUUAUAAUCAUAAUUAAUUAAAAAAUGACAGCUGAAAGUUUGUAAUGAUUGAAAGUUAAGCUUUUUUACUCGUAUUUGAAACACUUUGGUGGUUUAAUUACAGGUGUUGUAACCUGAAACGUACCUGCGAUGCAAAAACUAUAUUAGGAGAUACACUGAAACAUUUGUGGUUGUAUUUGAGAGACUAAUAUCGACCAUUUCAUUUAAAAAAUAGGCUCCACAUACUACAUCCAAGAGUACAUCCUUGUCACUAACACGAAGUUGACCUGGACUGAUGCCCAAAGCUUCUGCAGAACCAAGUACACUGACCUGGCCACCAUAUCGAGUGAACACGACUAUAAUGUUGUCAAAUUAAUGAUCAAAAACUGGACCGAAGCUUUCUGGAUCGGUCUGUACGAUGAUGUCGACAGCUGGAGAUGGUCUCUUCAGAUUCAGAUUCCGAAUUUCAGAAGUGUGGUGCAGGACUACAGGCACUGGCAGGCAAACCAGCCGGACAACGCAGAGCAAAGAGAGUACUGCGCCUCCAUGAUGGGGGACGGCUUCUGGAGGGAUGACAUCUGCUGGUUGGAAAAGCCUCAUAUUUGUUACAGAGGUGAGUCCAGCUUUUGUCAACUGAAAAGAAAGAGUCAAAUCCCCCAUAAAUGUUUCUUUAACCUUAAAGACCUGAUCCUCAAUUCUUCUGUUUUUCUUCAUAUAGAUGGUGAAGGUGAUCAGUACGUUCUGAUUGUCGAAAACAAGAACUGGUACAAUGCUCGAAACUACUGCAGGCAUCAUCACACAGAUCUGGCCAUUGUGAGGACCUCGGAUGAGAACCAGAUCCUGAAAAGCAGACUACAGGACAACCAGAAUGUCACAGAGGCCUGGAUCGGCCUGCACCGAGACUCUUGGAAGUGGUCGAAUGGCAGCUCGUUUCUUUUCAGACCGUGGCAGGAACACCAGAUUAACAAUCAAAACAACUCUCGACCAUGUGUUACCAUGCGAAACGGAGGAUGGAACAACUGGGCGUGCAGUUCCACAUUCAACUUUCUCUGCCAAAGUACGUCGAAAAAACAGAUCUCGUGAGAUAUAAUGCUUUCUCAACAGCAAAUUAGAAUUUAGACAGGGUGAGCAGGACCCUGAUUUAAUGCUACCAUAACUUUCACGAUUUUGGCGUUCAAGACCAGCCUGUGCAUCAGACUAAAGAACUGAAAAUUGUUGUUUUUGCACCAACGUCAACAGACAGAAGUAAAAAAAAUUUGUGGAAUCUGGUCAUCACUCCUGUGUCCCGAAUUUUGAUAAUUUCUCAAAUAUCUUAUUAAUUACAGUAAAAUCCCAGUGUAAGAACCACCAGUAUAUUGGAUACAGUAAUUUUUAUGGUGUCUUGAGGACGUUCAUUGUAUUCAGCAAUGUGCUGUUUUUAUGCAACUGCGAAGCUACUUUUUAAAUAUGUUAUUGCCACCUUGCCAUGCGUUCAUAGGACAGCCUAUGGUAGAUAGUUGAUAGUUGUGAGGUAAUUUUCCUAAGACCUGUGCCACCCUUUAGACUGGUCAUUCAUUAUCUUAAAUCGAAGAGUCUUUUCAAUCAAAACCAGCUCUCUUUAGGGUUAUUUGCACUAAGUUUAACAAUGUCUUUUUAAAAUACAUGAUUAUAGCCGAAUGAGGAACAAAAUUCUGGCCUGUCCGGGUGUGUACCCAGCAUGCUUUAUUGAAGUGAUUGCAUAUUUCUUUGAACUCCAUCUACUGGGUAAAAUAAUGUACUACAACAGUAUCUGUCCCUGCAUUUUGAACCAGUGAAUAGGAAACAUCUAAUUUUUUUAAAUGACAAAACAGUAAAAAUGUGCCUCAUACACCUGAUUUUUAAGACAGUGUGUCCCAUUAGUUCCUAAUAAAAUGCUGCGGAAAGUACAAAAUAAUUUUGCUGAUUUUAAGGUCCAAUUCCUACCUUUUGAAAAUAGUCAGCAUCACCUUGAAUUGGCUCAUAAAGUAGACAAUUUUUGUUUUGUUUCUCAUUUUCUCUUCUUUUCCACAGAGAUAACAGUUUCUGAAACCACUCCAGCUCCAGGGACUGAACCUGCCACCGUCCAACCAGGUGGAUAAAACAGAUCAUUAAAAAUCUAUUGAUUAUUGUCCAGUUAUGAAAGAUGUAUG